AUGCCUUCUCAAAGGGUUCUCUAAGUGUUUGUUGAGGCGAGAAGCUACUUGUCUUGUCGUAGGAAUGGCUUCGGCUAAUUGUUGAUGCGUUAAGGGUUGUACGGAGGCUCUUCUGGGGUGACAGGGAGGAAUAAGAACUUCGACCUUUAAACCAUGGUUUCUUGCUAACUUUACUGCCUCUAAAUCCACACCAUUUACACCACCAGAGAUUACAGUGAAAGCCAUCCUGUCGAGUGUUUACGAGUAGAGGCAAACGUGAUUUUUAUAGAACAACAAUGACGUCAUUGCCCGGACAUGUUCAAUUCCCAUAAGACUUAAUGUCUUUAGUUGCAUGCAUGUCAUAGUAAGAAAUAGCUUUUUCACAAAUGGUGUCAUACGCUUGUUUGUUAAAGUCCAAUAAAUGACGGUUUAAUCAUGUGGUUAUUCGAUGAUAAGGAACAGCCAUGUAACAUUCAAAAUUAUGGAGGUACUUCCAGUGAUGCUGAGAAAACAACAACAGUGCAGCAGUUGACUGGCCAGCAACACAAGGCGGCUUUAAAAGGUAAAAUAUCUGAAUUAUCAGGACAGCUGCUGUCACGAGAUAUAAAGCAUCUUACAGUCAGAUGA